CUGAGGACGAAACCAUACCAGAGGCUGUUUGGAAGGAGAACGGUGGAGUGCUGGUAGCGAGAGUCGCUGCAUUCCUGCCCCGUGUUCUCCUGAAAUGGGCGGAGGAACAGAAGAUGAAACAAGAAGGGUUAGAGAAAGGGAAAGAGAAGGAGAAGGAGAGCGAGAACGACUUGGACCCGCACAAACUCGCAUUCGCGACCGCACUCCUCAAGUUGCCGGCAGCGCGCUUCCUGCCCGAGGGGCACCAUGAAAAAGCGCACUGGAAGUUCUACAUCGAACUACUGUCGGACGUCUGGGAUGAGUUGAGGGCGCUCUGUGAAAGAGACAAGGGCGACGACUCGCCAAACGAAAGCGAGGUCGUCGGCGCCCAUGACAAGCUCAUGAAGCUAGUUAUCCGGGUGUACGGGGCGAUGCGGAAGGCGUCUGGACGAGAGCAUCCCACGAUGGAUUCGCUGCAAUUCCGAAAGGAACGCUCUGCCGUUCUUGCUGCACCCAAGAAGAAGUAUCACAAAACACCGAUGGCCGUCAAGCUGCGAGUACCAAAGUCGAAGGAAGCGCGCUUCAACUCAGCCUUGGUAUACAAGCCAAGUGAGAAGCACGAUCGGCUUCUCAGGAUGUUGAUGAAGGAUCGAACCCAUGAGCUGGCUAUUCAAGGGCGCUGGGAGGGCACCGUCUCACUCGAAAGUCCAGAGAUCACUUUCCUCUGCAUAUCGUCCCAGAGCAAGCCAAAACGGAGGCUUACUCAACAGAUCUACUACAGCAUCCUCGCGGCAACACGUCAACAGCAAGCUCUUGCCCUCCGCAAGUGGGCCAUUACGCAAUUGUGCAGAACGCGCAAUUUGCUGUUGUCAUGUAUGCAGAAGUUGAUGAGUCAACCGGGAAAAUCCGCGUUGGGAGGAUCGCUGUGUUCCAUUUCGACGAUUUUGAAGACGUUUUGCGCUUCUUCGAUCUGCUGUCGGAGAUAGUCGCACACCAGGUGAAGGCAUUCCAGGAAGCUCUUCAGACUCUGGAUAAGCUUUCGGAAGACGCCCAGCAGGCCAUGCUCCCCAAGAGCGGCUGGACAUGGCGGAUUAUGGAGCGAACGAAAAAUAAAGCAAGUGAAGCACCUUCUCUCGAAGACGUGGCCGAGGAGGAUGAAGGUGAUGGUGUGCCUAACACGAGGUCCCGUGGUAGCCGUACUACUGGAGCAAAACCACCCGCCGAUUCUACCUGUGGAAGAAGGAGCAGCGGAAGGGGAGCUUCAGGGGAGGGACCGACCAGAGGUACUGGCAAGUCACCGUCAACCCCGAAGAAGGCAGGCAACAACGAGCAGGAAAUCUGGAGGACUGCUGGUCCGAUCGGUGAAGAGAUGGGCGGCACCGACAUCGAUUCGGACUGCAGUUUCAUCUCUACCGACCAAGACGCCGCGUCAUUUGCGGAUGACCCCCGCACGCUAACCGACAACGAUGACGACGCUGCGAUCGCGGUCGAAACUGCGGCGUUGGCCCCCUCGCAACUUCUGGGUGGCGAAUUGGAGCAUGACUCCAAGGCGUCCGUUCAGACAUGGCUUCGAGAUUCUGGCACGCAGUCAAGUUUGGAAUUCGACCUGUCCGACUCUGAGAAAUUACGACCUGUAUUAGGAACGGACGUGGGGCUGGCAGAAACGAGUGCUGUUACGAGUAGCGAAGAUUAUGUCUAGCGCCCUUUCGAGGAUGCUCGUGUACUGCCUCUGGUGCAUGCAUUCGCUAGGCUGGUUGGCUGUGAUGGCAUAGAUGCCAUGCAGCAGGAAGAUCGUACCCAACACAUACAUGGGUCGAAGCAUUGUCAGGAAAACGACGUCCCAGGGUUAAUUAUGCGAGCCGUGCCUCAGCCGUCCGGAUCGCUCUGCCAUACUCGGCGCCCUCCGCCCGUCGAGAGUCGCUGCGGUGUCGGAUAACAACGACCACGGGGGUGGUGUGCAUGGGUAUUAACGCAUCUUGUCCUCCCAUUCACCCCAAAUUUAAGUGUUAAGAGUAUCAUCGACGGUCCAUCCUCGGGUAGCUAUGACUGACCCUUUAGGAAUUGGGGCGAUCUAGGCUGGCCGAGAGAGGGGCAUUACUUUGGAGCGAUGGACUAGGUCGCACGCAUGGUCGCCUUGUCCUUCUCUCGGCCCUCGUCCAGCUCGAACAUAUCCACUUCCCCCUGCUCUUCCAUGCCCUCAAUUUCUCAUCGGUCUCUUUCUGUCCGUCACACAAGCACACAGGAAAGGCGGGAAGGAAGGGCAAGGACUGGUCAGCUGAGAACGUAUCAAAGAGCGGAUACUUUCUCUUCUCCGUUGCAGGCCAUGGACUGCAUGAUUGGAGGUGUUUGAACGUCAUCCCCGCCUUCGACCUGUCAACGCUUCGCUCAGGAUGGCCAAGGAGAAGCGUUGAUGAUGGCGCAAGGCAUGGGCG